GACAAAGGCUAUUAGACUUGUUGACUUUCUCUUCAAUUACAGGUGGGAAACCAGUUUUAAAAGCCUGUAUGCUUCGCCUCUCCUCCUCCACUUUCAUCCACUCAAUCCCAUUGACAUACCUGCAGGCUUCUCCCUUUCUCUCCCUCUUUCUCUCUCUCUGCUCUGGUUUACUUAAGAUUAGUCUUCAAUUCCUCUGACACGGCAUCCUUUCACGGUUUUUGAAGCCGGAAUUUCUCUCCAUUGAAAAGAGCCUCGCUUGCUUGAUAUUUAUGUUACAGUAAAUAAGAACUUCAAGGGGAUACAAUCAAAGAAAUCACAUUCCUGGUGGUGGGAUAGUCACACCAGUCCCAAAAAUUCUAAAUGGCUUGCGGAGAAUCUUGAGGGUAAGCAACGAGAUUGCACUUUCCACGCUCCAAAUUUGUAAAGGAUAAGAUCACUCCCUUGUGUAUCACAGUGUCAUGAGUCAUAUUACACCUCAUUUUUGAGGCCUUCUUAAUGAAAUGGACCAGAGCGUCAGGCGGAUGUUAAAGCUAAUUGAAGAGGAUGGAGAUUCAUUUGCUAAAAAGGCUGAAAUGUAUUAUCAGAAGAGGCCAGAAUUGAUUUCUCUUAUUGAAGAGUUCUACCGCAUGUACCGGUCUCUGGCCGAACGUUAUGAUCAUGUGACAGGAGAACUGAGGAAGAAUAUUCCAUCUGAUCUGCAAUCCCAGGGCUCAGGCAUUUCUGAUGUUGUGUCCGAACCGACCUCAGUAUGGCCCUCUCCUGUACAUGAACAGAGGCUGCCUCAUCGUAAAUCUGGGACCCAAGCUGCUGGUUUUGAAUUCUUUGUUGGUUCUGGUGGAAGCAGCUCUGAUCUUCAUAAAGAAGGAGAUGAAUCAUCUACUGUAACAGAUUAUGAGUCAGAAUCUGAUGACUCCCCAGUAAACAAUUACUCAGGUCUACUAGGGAAUGGUGGUGAUCAUGCACAGAACAGGAAGACAAUUGAACUAGAGAUUGAGUUACGUGAAAUGAAAGAGAAACUCUUGUUGCAUCAGGAGGAGAAUGGAGAUGGCUCAUUUAGGGAGGUGAGGAAUGAGAUUUCUGAAGAUGUUCUUGCUAGGAUUGUGGGAUAUGAGCAAGAGCUGAAGAUUGCUAAACAGAGGAUACUGCUUUCUGAAGAAGAGGCGGCCAGAUUAAAAAUUGACCUCCAGAAGUAUAAAUCGCUGGAAUCCACCAAUCGUUUGCAGCCUGAGUUCGCAUUAUCAUCUGAAGAAAAUGUUAAGACAGUGGAGGCUGAGCUGGAACCUGAGAUGGCUCAGGAACCACAGCUUCAAGAAAAUAUUGACAGAAAGGAAGCUGAAACUGUGGAAUCUGAUAGCAGGAUUAAGGCAUUGACAGACGAACUCAAAAUCACAAAAGAGAAGCUACUGUAUGCGGAGAAUAAAAUUGCUACUUUGAAGCAUCAGGUUGAGAGUGAUAGACACACUGAAAAAGUCAGCAAUUUGCAGGAUCAUCUUGCAUCAGCUAACAAAGACAUUAACACACGGAAAACCAAGUUCAACGCUGACAAAAAGGAGGUGACCAAGCUGCUGGAAAGAAUUGCAAGGUUGAAAACUAGUUUAUCGGACAGGGAUCAUGAGAUUAGAGACUUAAAAAUGGCAGUAUCUGAUGCUGAGCAGAAGAUUUUUCCUGAAAAAGCACAGAUUAAGGCUGAAAUAUGUAGAUUGUUGGAGGAACAAAAACGCUUGGAGGAGCAGCUAAGAGAAUGGGAAUCACGUAGCCGGUUUUUAAAGGAUGAAAUUAGAAGAUUACAGACAGAAAAGUCAGAAACGGAGGAGCUACUGGACUCUGAAAUGAAGCAGUUAAAGGAAGAAAUUGAGGAACAAGAUGUUCGCAUAGAAAAUUUGAAUAAAACCGUUGAUGCUUUGAAGUUAGAGAGAGACGAGCUUAAUGUGCAAGUUACUGCACUCAACACAGAUGUAAUCUCUAGAGACGGUCGGAUUGAUCAAUUAGACGAGCAUUUACAGCAAUUACAUAUGGAGCAAGUGAAGCUCAUUACUGGUGCUGAAGAGGCAUCUAAGUUGGCGGAUGAGUUAAGGUCAAAAGCUAAGGAUCUUGAAGAAGAAGUUGAAAGGCAAAGAAUUGUGAUCCUAGAAGGAGCAGAAGAGAAACGGGAAGCUAUCAGGCAAUUGUGUUUCUCACUCGAAUAUUACAGAAAUGGGUAUCAUGGGCUUAGACAGGCCUUCAUCGGACAGAAGAGAGUUCCAGUUUUGGCAGCAUAAGUUAGAAUGUAAUAUUGUUUGCUUUUUCUCCAUUUUCAAUGUGUUUGGGCUGAGUACGGCAGUGUUCUAGUACUGGUAAGGAUAGUGUUUGUAUAUUUUUAUCAUAGUUUAGUGAGUGGACAUAUGAAGGAAGCAUAA